GGGGUCUCCACAGCGUCUAGCGGCAGGACCCUUACGCGAACCCCUGUGAUUCGAACCCUCAAUCAGACCACGCCCAAAUCCAGCAUCCCCCAUCAACGCCGCGGGGGCGCCACUCAGCUCGAAACACCCUUUGGGAAAGGUAUAUAAGGGCGCCCGCCCCACCAUCGCACCCCGUGUUCUCCUUUCUCGCGACGCGUUCAUUCGCUUGAACGACCUUCGAGAGCCCGGUCACCUCCUGCUGUUGUUGUACUCCCUCCUGUCUUCAUUUGUGUACGCCUACGACCUCUCACCAUGUCACUGAAGGCCGACUCCGUCAUCUCCGAUACGCUUUCCAAGGAGGAGGUCAAGCACUUUGAUCGCGCCGCCGUCGCGAGCAACCCCAACGCCAGGCUCGCAAACCCUCUUGAGGGCAUCCCGCAGGAUCAACUCCUUGCAGACGCCGCCGCGUUCGCGAGGAGCCAUGAUCUCGGCCACUUGACCGAGGAGUUUAAGAAGGGUGCGCUUGUCGCCCAGGACCCCAGCGCGUUCGAGACUUUGCCGUUCCUUACCGAGGAGGACAAGCUCGUCCUUCGCCGGGAAGCGACGCACCGAUGGGCACACCCAAUGCAGUUGUACUACCUCGUCAUUCUUUGCUCGAUGGCUGCUGCUGUUCAGGGCAUGGACGAAGCUGUCAUUAACGGCGCCAACCUAUUCUUUGCCGACCAGUUCGGCAUUGGCCAAACUACAGGGGACACCGGCCGUAACCAGUGGCUCCUCGGUCUGGUCAACUCGGCUCCUUACUUGUGCUGCGCUUUCAUCGGCUGCUGGGUGUCUGCUCCGCUGAAUCAGCGGUUCGGUCGUCGCGGCACCAUCUUCUUCAGCGCCUUCGUCUCGUUCGCCACCUGCAUCUGGCAAGGCGUCACCAACACCUGGUGGCACCUCUUCAUCGCGCGGUUCUUCCUCGGUUUCGGUAUUGGCCCCAAGUCUGCAACCGUUCCCGUGUACGCCGCAGAAUGCGCACCGCCAGCUAUUCGUGGUGCCCUUGUCAUGAUGUGGCAGAUGUGGACGGCCUUUGGUAUCAUGUUCGGCUACGUCAUGGACGUCUCGUUCUACCACGUUCCUAACAAGCCGGGCAUCACUGGUCUCAACUGGCGGCUGAUGCUUGCUUCUGCCGGUGUUCCCGCCCUCUUCAUUAUGUUGCAGGUGUACCUGUGCCCGGAGUCGCCGCGUUGGUUGCUUUCGAAGGGUCGCUACGACAAGGCUUACGACUCGCUCCUGCGCCUCCGUAACAGCCCUCUGCAGGCUGCUCGCGAUCUUUACUACAUUCACGUGCAACUCGAGGCUGAGGCCGAGAGCUUCGCAGGCCGCAACCGCUUCCUCGAGUUGUUCACAGUUCCGCGCAAUCGUCGCGCCACCCUCGCUGCCUUCAUCGUCAUGUUCAUGCAGCAGUUCUGCGGUGUCAACGUCAUCGCGUACUACUCGUCGAGUAUCUUCAGCCAGAGUGGCUUCAAUGAUCUCCAGUCUUUGAUUGCCUCGUGGGGCUUUGGUAUGCUCAACUGGGUCUUCGCGUUCCCGGCCGUAUGGACCAUCGAUACCUUCGGUCGCCGCAACCUGCUGUUGACGACCUUCCCGCUCAUGGCCAUCUUCCUGCUUAUGACCGGCUUCUCGUUCUACAUCCCCGAGGGCAAUGCCCGCCUGGCCGUUGUGGCGUUGGGUAUCUACCUCUUCACGAUGGCGUACUCGCCGGGAGAGGGUCCUGUGCCGUUCACCUACUCCGCCGAGGCGUUCCCCCUUUACGUCCGUGACGUCGGCAUGGGCUUCGCCACCGCCGUGCUCUGGUUCUUCAACUUUGUCAUCGCCAUCACCUUCCCGCGUCUGCUCGGAGCGUUCACGCCGCAGGGUGCCUUUGGCUGGUACGCCGCGUGGAACGUCUUCGGCUUCUUCGUGAUCCUGCUCUUCGUGCCCGAGACGAAGGCGCUGUCGCUCGAAGAGCUGGACCAGGUGUUCUCGGUCUCGACGCGUCGGCACGCCUCGUACCAGGUCAAGGCGCUCCCGCACAACAUCAAGAAGUACAUCUUCCGCAUGAAGGUGGAGGAGAUGGCGCCGCUCUACGAGCACGAAGGUGCGGUCGGUCCCAGACACUACGUUGGGGCUGCAUAGGCCUGUGGUGGUUGUGUAGUAUUCUUUUUUUCCAAACGGGUUCGCCGGCUGUUAGGUGACUCGACCCCUGCAGCCUUAAUAGGUUGGUAUUUGUUGUGACAUGCCUGGCUGCCGCUUGUGCUCGUCCGUGUGCACGUACUUAUACCAGCCGUCGGCGUAAUGAAUCUUUAUGAUUUUCUGCGAUGCUUCAUGUACUCUGUAUACUGUAUUACUACCACGACGUUUGCGAAUCUAUCUCGUCUAAA